UAUCCCUUUCUGUCCACAGGAGGCGCUGUCGGGCACUGCUCCGUGAACUUUGUUCUAGUAGGAAGUAGGCGUGUAUACUCUCUGAGUUCUGGCUUUUGAGUUAUUUCUCGGGAAGAAAGGACAUGUGGACUCAACUUUGACAGGAAUAAGGUGGAGAUGGAAGACUUCUGGGCAUUGGUGCUUUGGGUGCUGAAGAUCUGGCUGUACCUCAUUAUCAGCCUCAUCAUGAUCCCAGCCAUGUUUGGCUUCUCACUGGGCAUCUCCGAGAUCUACAUGACCAUCCUGGUCAAAACCUUAGAGUGGGCCACUCUGAAGAUACAGAAGGCAAACGCAGAUGAACGAAUACUCAAAGCCUCUGCAUCUAAUGGUCUCAUCCAGAGGGAAGAUGGCUCUAUGGAGAAAGAAUUAGAGGAACUUAGACGCAGUCGCCCCAAACCACCAGUGGGUGGGGAUUUUACACUUAGUGACUGUUUCUACUUCACCCGGAGAGGAAUUGGGAGCAUUGUAGAAGAUGAGGUGACCCAGCGGUUCACUUCAGAGGAGCUGGUGUCCUGGAACCUACUGACUCGCACCAACAACGAUUUCCAGUACAUCAGUCUGAAGCUGACGCUGGUCUAUGGCCUCGGCAUCUUUGUGAGAUACUGCAUCCUCGCCCCUCUCAGGAUAACACUGGCCUGCAUUGGCCUCACCUGGUUGGUCAUUGGAACAUCUGCAGUCGGAUUACUUCCAAAUUGGAGGAUUAAGCUUUGGCUCAGUGAAUGGGUCCAUGUAAUGUGCUACAGGAUCUGUGCUCGAGGACUCUCUGCCACCAUCCGCUAUCACAACAGGGAAAAUAAACCUAAAAAAGGAGGAAUCUGUGUUGCCAAUCACACCACUCCCAUUGACAUUGUGAUUCUCUGCAACGAUGGGUGUUAUGCUAUGGUGGGUCAGGUUCAUGGAGGUUUGAUGGGAGUCAUCCAGAGAGCCAUGGUGAGGUCCUGUCCUCAUGUUUGGUUUGAGAGAGCAGAGAUGAAAGAUCGCCACCUAGUGACCAAAAGGUUGAAGGAUCAUGUGAACGACAAGACAAAGCUUCCCAUAUUGAUAUUUCCAGAGGGAACCUGUGUCAACAACACAUCUGUCAUGAUGUUUAAAAAGGGAAGUUUUGAAAUCGGAGCAAUGAUAUACCCAGUAGCCAUUAAGUAUGAUCCAAAGUUUGGAGAUGCUUUCUGGAACAGUUCCAAGUACAGCAUGGUCAGUUACCUGCUGAGGAUGAUGACCAGCUGGGCCCUUGUCUGUAAUGUCUGGUACCUGCCAGCCAUGCACCAACAGGAGGGGGAAGAUGCUGUCCAGUUUGCCAACAGAGUUAAGUCAGCCAUCGCUCACCAGGGAGGGCUGGUGGAUCUACAGUGGGAUGGAGGCCUGAAGAGAGCAAAGGUGAAGGAGUCGUUUAAAGAGCAGCAGCAGAAGCAGUACAGCAGCAUGGUGGUGGGAGACGACAGCAGCAGCAACAGUGACUGAGAUCCCAAACCAGUACGCUGUACAAAUCCCUGCCAUGUUUUUGGAGAAUAUACAGUCCUCUCUCCUCUAGUAUGUUCUCAUUAGCCGGACCUGACGGUGGAAUACUGCCAUGUGGAAUUAAACACACUGUGAAACCGUAGGUAGGCUACAGCUAAUAGGAGGAGAGUCUCAGUGAUUCACAGAAAACACAAGUGCAAUAUUGAACUUUAUGAGAAACAGACGGACUGAAAAGGGAAAGCUCUCUGUUUUUACUGCAGCUGAAGAAACUGUAGCUACUGUUGUGAUCGAAUGUUAGUGCUGAGAAAAUGCUCUGAAUGAAAUGUGUGAUUGCAGACAAGCUACUGGUUAGAAAAACUAGAUCCAUGAAUGCCUCUACCUUCGGUCUGUUGACCCAUUCAAGUGCUGUUGAUUUGUUUUUUUAAAUAAAUUUUAGUUUACACUUUCAGUACCCACGGUGGGAUUGUGCAGUGGCAAAAAGAACCUGAGGUAGUUGUACUGUUUUAUAACAAGACAUAUUACUUAACACAUAUAACAGAUACAAAGAGAAAUUUAGAUCUUGCAGUGUUAUACUGCAACAUAAUUAACACUGAUAAGCACCUAUAUAACAUAGUUUUCAGUUAAAAUUCAACCUGUUUAAACAAUCCUCUAUUAUUGAAUAUAGCACUGAUUGACAUAUAGCUUAGUUUUUAGUUAUUCAAAAAGGAAACUUCUUGCACAGUGUUUUUGGUAACCUUUGACCCCUCACCCUUUUUUCACAGAACUGCAAAGGUAAAGCACAAGAGACACAAAGGUUUGGCACUUAAAUAAUACAUGAUAACGCUGAGUGUGAAAGCCCAGUUCAUUAAUUAUUCACAUGAGAUGUGACGGCCUUAAAGGAGAACACAGAGCAGAGACUUUUUGGUUCUCUCUGCACUGGAUGGUUUUCCUGAAGUUUGAUCUUCACUGCUGCCAUUCUCCUGUGGGUCCCCCUCUGUGGCUCCUUAAAGCAAAUUAAGGAAGGAAUUGUUUUAAGUUCACUCACUGAAUCUGCGUGAAUGUUGAUGCAAUCCAGAUAUUUCUUUCGUUUCAAAUUGUCAGCGUUCUCACCAUCAUUCUCAUGAUCACUGGGAUCUGUGUUGUCCUGCAUGCCCUGUGUAAAAUAAACAUCACUUAAUCACAUGAAUGACACAGUACCACAUUGUGCCUGACAGCCUCUAAACCAAUCAGUUGUGAGCCUCUACUUGAUGACAGUACUUACCUUCAACAAGUUGCAACUUUUGUUUUUCUUUCUCUGUUCCUGAUAUCUGCAAAUAACAUCAACAAUAAAAAUACGUUUACAUGUGA